UGCCGCGGCCUGUACCAUUCUUUGGGUAUCGUCUGUACAUAAACAUCUGAAAAAGUGCUGUCAAAACAUUCUAGGUUAUUCUAACCUCACUCAAAAUCCUCAGUAAUACAAACAAAAGUUCCACCUCUUCAGUACAAUUAUAACUUUCCACUGCUGUCUCGUGAUUGUGGUAAAAUGGAAGCCUUGAAUCCCGAAAGUGUGCUCAAAUUCAUGGACCUGGUGAACAACUUGAAACACAGUUCCCGGAGGGGUUGGUCACUUCUUAAUGUGGAAAACCACGAACAAAUUGCCGGACACAUGUACGCAAUGGGCAUGAUGACCUUCCUAAUAGGCGACGAAUCCAAUUUGGAUAGAUUCAAGUGUUUACAAUUAGCCCUAGUUCAUGACCUGGCCGAAUGCAUUGUGGGGGAUAUAACCCCCCAUGACAACAUCCCCGAAGACAAGAAACACGCCCUGGAAGACAAGGCAAUGAAGGAAAUCACGUCGCACCUGGGGGAGGAUAUCGGCACUAUGAUUUAUAAGCUUUACAAAGAGUACGAAGCCAAAGAGACACCUGAAGCAAUAUUUGUCAAAGAUUUAGAUCGUUUAGAUUUGCUAAUUACCGCCGUUCAUUACGAAAAACGUGAUAACACGCCAAAGAAAAUGCAGGAGUUUUUCGACAGCACUGAAGGUAAAUUUAAGCACCCUUUUAUCCAGAAACUAGUCAAGACCUUAAUUGAGUACCGCAAUAGCCCCCACUUAAACCAACAAACAUUACCCAAUAACACAAUAAUGAAAGAAUAAAAACUCUUGGAUAAAAAAUAGUCUAUUUGUUUACACAUGGCAUGUCAUCAUCUGGGGUUAUAUAAGGCGGGUUAUCGGUCUUCAGCCCGAACGAGAAUCCCCCUUUGCCCGGCAGCUUGGGGUAGUAGUUGCUAGGGCCGGGGUAGGUGCCCCUAUCCUGCAGCGCUUUGUGUUUAAUCGACAUGGAAUAAGCCGGCGGUUUAUUUUUGUAAGCGUUAGGCGAAGUGGGGUCGUAUUUGGCAGGGCCGGGCGAUUGCUCCUUCGAGCUUUGCUU